AUGAGGAGAGGCAUAUCAGGGGGGGAAAAGAAACAUCUUACCACUGAUAGUUUGAUGGAACCAUACAUGAAAUAUCUGCCUACGUAUAUAUUGCUUUCUGGUCCACACUUGGGUUAUCUAUACAGUUCAAACUCAUUGUUUAAUUCUGGACUUCGGCUCCUGAAGAAGUUAAGGAGUACUCAG